AAUUUGUACUGGUUAAUUGACCUUCCCAUCUUAGACGGCAGUGACUUUAGUUCUCCCUCCCUAUAAUUAAAUUGAACUCCGGAGAAAAUGUCAUUGACCAAAUCAUCGCAGUGAUGAUAUAAUAUGAUAUUAUAAUUUGCAGCAGCAGCAGCAGCUAGCAUAGCCAUACUACUUGUAGCUCCCACACUCACAAAAAAAAAAAAAAAAAAUUGCUUAACGUUUCAGCACCUACAUAUUCUCUUUCUUCGUUUCAUAUACUACCAUGUUUGAUCUUGACCAGUGUCAAAACUUUCCUAGGAAUCAUCUCUCUCCAAGCUGCCAUGUCCGCAGCAGUCGUCCCGGUAGUGCAGAAGAAAAAGACUUUGAUUUCUGGGAAACGAACACGUUGCUGAGAUGGAACAUCGAAGAUGAGUCUUCUCCUUUGCUCCCCAACAACCACCACUGUAGUAAUCCUUGUACAAUGACGACGUUGUCACAAAGACAAGCAGCAAUUGCUCAAAGUAGGAGGGAGAUGAUGGAAAUGAUCCAAGACAUGCCCGAGUCAUGUUACGAACUUUCUCUAAAAGAUAUUGUUGAUGAUGAGCAACAAGGUGCUCAGGGGGUUAGAGAAGAAGAAACUGAUGCCAAAGAGACAACUUUCAGCUUUCGCAGUGAAGAAGUCCAAAUCAGGAAGCAAAAGAGUAACGUGAAGAAGAAAAGCAGCUACGAAAUAUCAAGGACUUGUUCAAGCAUGGAAUGUGAAACUUUCCUAAUUAAGAUGUUCUUUCCAACUUUUCUAGGUUCAAAGAAGAAACCAAAGUCACCUGGGAAUCGCUCCUCAAAAGUUACCCCAAGCCCUUCAUUAUCAUUAAAGGAAAACCAUAAAGAUUGGUGUAAGAUAAGGACAUUUUUCCUUGCAGGAGUAAAUAAAAACAAUCAGGGAAACAACAGCAGCUGCAGCAGCAGAACUAGGUUUUCUGAUGAGAGCAAUACCUUACCUGGGUGCUGGUUCUUCUUCCACAGCAAGAAAAGCAAAACCAAGAGACAAUAGGGAUGC